AUGGUGCUAUCUAGUGACCUCGUCGUCGCCUCUCCCCAUGCGCAAUUCGCCCUUCCCGAGGUCCUUCGAGGACUUUUUGCCGGUGCAGGCGGUCUUGCCCGGGUUGUUCGGAAUUGUGGCAUGCAGAUCGGCACCGAGAUCGCCUUGACGGGACGCCGACUUUGUAGUGAGGAGGCUGUCAAAUACAACCUGGUUAACAGUGUGGCUGCCACUCCCGAGAGCACUCUACCGGAGGCUUUAGAGCUAGCCAAGUCUAUUGCAAGCAUGUCUCCAGAUGCUAUCAUUGUCUCGCGCGCGGGAUUACGGCAGGCCUGGGAGAAUGGCAGUGUCCUUGACGCAAUACGCGCAACCUCGGACCAGUACUCGGGCGCUCUGCGUUCUUCGGAAAAUCUACGUAUUGGCCUAGAGGCGUUUGCUAAGAAGGAGAAGCCACAGUGGGUACCUUCUAAGCUGUAG